CCUGUGAACUAAUGACGCAAACAGGCGAGCGCUCCCAUUGGACAGUCCUGCGGGAAACUUGUCAGAUCAUGGCUCUUUUAGAUGUGAGCGGAUUUUCGUCCUUUUCCGGAUUCGGAAAACACAGGCAAGCACAGCUCGUGGACCGACCGAAUCACUACAGUUUUGGGGCGAAAUCUCAAGAAUUUGCUGUUCCAGUUGGAGUUGACCCCUCAACCUUUCUGAAAUCAUGCAACUGUGAGGAUGGCGUAUCAAUCGACAUGAACCAUGGCACCACUACGCUGGCUUUCAAGUUCCGCCACGGUGUCAUUGUGGCAGUUGACUCUAGGGCCUCAGCUGGUAGCUACAUUGCAUCAAAGGAGGCAAAUAAAGUGAUUGAGAUCAACCCUUACCUGCUGGGCACAAUGUCCGGCAGUGCAGCAGACUGUCAGUACUGGGAAAGACUUCUGGCUAAAGAGUGCAGGCUUUACAAGCUGCGGAACAAGCAAAGGAUCUCGGUGUCUGCAGCUUCCAAGCUGCUGUCCAAUAUGAUGCUAGGUUACAGAGGCAUGGGCCUCUCCAUGGGCAGCAUGAUCUGUGGCUGGGACAAGAAGGGUCCAGGUCUGUAUUACGUUGAUGAUAACGGCACACGUCUCUCAGGCCGGAUGUUUUCUACGGGCUGUGGGAACAGCUACGCGUACGGGGUAGUGGACAGUGGCUAUAAUGAAGACAUGACAGUGGAAGAAGCAUAUGAGCUGGGUCGCCGUGGCAUUGCUCAUGCCACACACAGAGAUGCCUACUCUGGUGGAGUUGUCAAUUUGUAUCACAUGAAAGAAGAUGGCUGGAUCAAGGUGUGCAAGGAGGAUGUGUCUGAGCUAAUUCACCGCUACAGGAAGGGAAUGUUCUGAUCCUGGACCAGUGUGUAUACUGACACUGAAACACCAUUACUGUUCUGUGACUUCACCUGAUAUUAUUCAUAAUAAAGAUGCUUUGCAAAUUAAA